AGGCAGGGCUCGGGCCCCGCUCUCCACUGCGCUGCCCAGAGGCCCCUGCCUGACUCCCCUGCAGCCUCCAGGUCCCCGCGGUGCCGAAGCUGAACAUGGACGUCACCAUCCAGCACCCCUGGUUCAAGCGCCCGCUGGGCCCCUUCUACCCCAGCCGGCUGUUCGACCAGUUCUUCGGCGAGGGCCUCUUUGAGUACGACCUGCUGCCCUUCCUGUCGUCCACCAUCAGCCCCUACUACCGCCAGUCCCUCUUCCGCACCGUGCUGGACUCCGGCGUCUCCGAGGUCCGAUCCGACCGGGACAAGUUCGUCAUCUUCCUCGACGUGAAGCACUUCUCCCCGGAGGACCUGACCGUGAAGGUGCAGGAGGACUUCGUGGAGAUCCACGGCAAACACAACGAGCGGCAGGACGACCACGGCUACAUUUCCCGCGAGUUCCACCGCCGCUACCGCCUGCCCUCCAACGUGGACCAGUCGGCGUUGUCCUGCUCCCUGUCCGCGGACGGCAUGCUGACGUUCUCCGGCCCCAAGAUCCCGUCUGGCCUGGACGCCGGCCACAGCGAGCGAGCCAUCCCCGUGUCGCGGGAGGAGAAGCCCAGCUCCGCGCCCUCGUCCUAAGCAGGCCCCGGCCCGGCCGCCCCCCGCAGCCCCAGCUCACCCCCGGGGGCGCAGCGCGGCGCGGCGUUUGUCUCCCUCCGCUUCCCUUCGCGUUUCCUUCCCGCCUCCUCCGUUGGACGAGGGUUUGAGAGAGUGGCCGGGAGAGCUCAGGUCCUCGGGGUGUCCCGACCCCAACACCGGCCAGGGAGUGGCCGCCUCACACUUCCUCAGCGAGCAGCCUGGGCCUCCCGGGGUGCAGCAGCCUCGGCUUUGCUGAGAGGCC